AUGUCACAACAUCAAGAUACAUCUGCUUCUAAAAAUACUAAGUCUACUCCAAAAUUUAGUGUUCCUCCCAUGGGCGUCCCUGAUGAUGAGAUUCUGGAUGUUGCUCCUCUCUCUGUUAUUCCCGCCGCGAACAUUGAUUUGGACCAACCCAUCUCCAUUGAUGCCUCCGCUUCUGCAUGUUCCAAUCAAGGUAAUCCCUCUAGUAUUCCGUCUGGUUCAACUCCUGUCACUAAGUAUAAGGAAGAAACACAAUAUACUGAUCGUGUUAUAAGAGACAUAGUUACUAGAAUUCUUAAUGAAGGCCACUCUAUGAAGGGGGUUUCUACUCCCCUUGCUCAAAUGUAUCCCCCUCCUGAGGUUGAACAACCUAGUGGUAAGGGUGAUGAUUCCUCCAGUUUUGAAAAGGCCUUGGCUGCUGAAGGGUUGCGCUCUCUAGGGCAAACUGUGUCUGAGAAAGGGAAAUUUGUGGCCUCUAACACGGCUAAUGCUUCCCACUCUGAGAAGCAUGAUGAUGCAAAUGUUGUGAUUGAUCUAGAGGAUGGUAGCUCUAAUGAUCAAGAGGAAAGCUUGAUUCAUCACAUAAAGCCAAGUGUGGCUAAACGCAUGAAGACUCGCAAAGGAAAAUUUGUGGCUGAACUUAUGUCAUCUAGAGAAGCUAAGAAGACUGUUGUCAUUGGUCCCUCCAAACCAUGGAGCAAGGUUGAAAUAAAGAAGAGGAAGGUCAGAGAUGAUUCUGAGCCUGAAGAGGAUGUUGAGGAAGAUGUCCCUGACAUCUCGCCUGCGAAGAAAACUACUGUUAGGAAGUCUCCUGUUAAAGUACCUGAUGUUCAUUUGGAUAACAUCUCCUUCCAUCUUGAUGAUGGAGCUGCUAAGUGGAAAUUUGUGAUUCAGAGAAGGGUAGUUGUGGAAAGGGAGUUAUGA